CGUUACCGAUCAGGUGGCGCCUUCCUUCAUAAGCAGUGUUUAACUCGUUGCAUGAUUGCUUGGUAAUUGACAGUGAAACGUGUAUUUCGUCAUCUGCCAUACAACCCCCUCUUUUCAUUCAUAAGCACUAUUCAGAUCUCAAGCUCGUUCAGCCAUCAAGCCAAAAAUCUCAUCACAAUCAUGAAACUCUUCGUAUUAGGAGCCACUGGAUACAUCGGUGGUGAUGCACUUGACGCCAUCGUCAAGGUCCACCCGGAGUACGAUAUUACUGCUCUGGUCCGAAACCCCGACAAAGGCGCACAGGUCGCAGUGGACUAUCCCAAAGUGAAGCUAGUCUACGGCGAUUUGGACUCAUGCGACCUCAUCGUAGAAGAGUCUCAGAAGGCAGAUAUCGUCUGCAAUUGGGCCGACGCGGACCAUGAAGCAGCUGCCAAAGCCAUCAUCAAAGGCCUCUCAGCUAGACAGUCCGAAACACCUGGUUACCUCAUCCAUACAUCGGGAACUGGUAUUCUCAUGUAUACAGAUCUCGAUCAGAAGAUAUUUGGUGAAGAUGCCACCAAGAUUCACGAUGACUGGGACAACAUUCAGGAGAUGAUUACAGGCAUCCCAGACCAUGCACCCCACAGGAACGUUGACAAGGUGGUCCAGUCUGUGCGCGAUGGCAAAGCCGUGAAGAGCGCCAUCGUCUGCCCUCCAUGUAUCUACGGCGCCGGAAGGGGUACAGGAAAUCAAACCAGUGUUCAGGUGCCUUUGCUUGCUCAAAACACCUUGAAACAAGGCCAUGGCAUCCAAGUUGGUGCUGGCAAGACCUUCUGGACUCAGAUCCACGUCCACGACCUGUCGGACCUCUAUCUCAAGCUUGUAGAAGCAGCCGCAGCUGACGGAGGUUCUGCAACCUGGAAUGACGAGGGCUACUACUUCUGCGAGUCUGGUGAUCUUGUUUGGGGAGAAGUUGCCCAUCAAGUUGCGAAAUCUGCUCACAAGCAAGGGUUCAUGAGGGAAGAUCAGGUCAAGGAGUACUCACCCGAAGAGGUCAAAAAGCUGGCCGCAUGGGGACCUGCGCUGUGGGGAUGCAACUCCCGAUGCCGUGCUAUCAGGGCCAAGAAGCUGUUGGGAUGGUCCGCCAGCUCUCCCAGCCUGAAGGAUGAGAUCGAUGCUACAGUCUUGUUCCAGGCAAAGAAGAUGGGAUUAGUCCCUGGACAUGCAAAGAUCGCUGCUGGAGAUGCAUAG